UGGAGUUAGCAUAGCAGUGCAUCUUUUGACAGACGACAGAGAAUUUGUGCUCUUGUGUGCUCGUCCAACUCCCCACAGCAUCAACAUGUUGAAAGAGUUGGUAAGGGAGCGACUCGUUGCCGCUGCCGACGAAAUCUUUGGACUGUUCGCUGAUACGAUAGCGUCGUACGAAGAGAAACUUUGUCGAGCGAGAGAGGAGAGCGAGCGACACCGACGACGACUCGAAGCUGUUUGCAAGGCUCAAGUUGUCAUACGCGUCGAAGAUGUUGAGCACCUGAUCGGUCGUCAGGAAGAUCUUGCCCCUCAGCCGCAGUGGAGUAGCCCAUCUUUAAAGCAGGACCAUCCACAGCCACGGCGUGUUAAAGUGGAAGAGGAAGAAGCUGGAGUCUGCAACUUGCCACUGAAUGGUUUCUCCGUAGAGAGUAAAGUUAACCAACAUGAACCAUCAAAUUGGUCACAGCGUAAUCGUCGUAGUCCAAACGGUGACACUUUUGGAGGACCGCCACCUAACAACUUCUUACCUAUGCUGCCAAACAGUGAUGACACAGAAGAGCCUUUGAGGAGUGACACAGACUGUGGAGACUUGCAGAAGCUGAUUGGUCAUCCCGAAGAACUUUCUUCUCAGCAGCUGUGUGGCAGCUCCCAUUUUGAGGUGGAAGAUCUAAAGCACCCCAUCUUUGAAACGGAAGAGGAGACCGAUGUCAGUAUGUUGCCACAGGCUGGCGUCUCAGUGAAGAGUGAGCAUGACCCAGACAAAGUAGCCGAUUGGUCGCAGGUUGAUCAUGGUAGUCCAAGUGGAGGAACACAACAAGCCAACUUCUUAGCUCCACUGUCAGACAGCGACGACAUUGUAGAACCUUCGGGAAGCGAAACAGACUGCGAAGGUGGCGACAGUCUGUCAAAACACUCCCGAAAAGAUGCAACUCUUAAAAAGAAAACUUCUAAAAAACACAGGAAAUUUCCCACACUUAAAGAAAAUUUUCGAUGCUCAGUUUGUGGGAAAUGUUUGACUUCUAAGUCUCAUUGGAAGAGACACACGAGAACACACACUGGAGAAAAGUCCUUUUGUUGCUCAGUUUGUGGGAAGACAUUCUCUCGAAAGGAACAUAUGGAAUUGCACAUGAGAACACACACGGGAGAAAAGCCCUUCUGUUGCACGCUUUGCCGAGCAGCAUUUUCUAGGAAAGAAAGUCUUGAUAAACACAUGAGAGUUCACACCGGAGAAAAACCCUUCAGUUGCUCUUUUUGCCGAGUAACAUUCUCUAGGAAAGAAAGUCUUGAUAAUCACAUGAGAGUUCACACAGGAGAAAAACCAUUUAGCUGUUCAGUUUGUGGUGGAAGUUUUGCUCAAAGGUCCAAUAUGGUUAGACACAUGCAGAUACACAAAAAGUCAGAAUAAAUGAU